GAUGAAGCUAUUCUUGUGCGUGCUUGUCCCCCUUUUGUGUCCACGGCUAAGCCAUGGCUCCACACUGCUGGAGGCUGUGAGAGAGGCGGUGCAGAUGAUGGAGGUCCCAUCAGACUAUUGGGCUGUGCAAGUACAUGGUGGAGCCAGCAAAGCCACACAACUGGCCCACAAGCACAGACUGCAGCUUCUGGGCACUAUUGGCAACCUUGCAGACUACUACCACUUGAAGCUACUGCCUAUAGCUAACACAGCUAACAGCGUGUCUGGAGGAGGAAGUGGUCUUUCUGUACUACUAGAGCAAGAACAGGAGGUUGGCUAUGUGAAGCAGCAGUCUGUACGAGGCAUGAGCAGUCGUCAGUAUUCCCCAUCACCCACUGAUCCACUGUGGCCCCAACAAUGGUCCCUGAUGUCGGGAGGUGGUCUGCAAGUAGAGUCAGUGUGGAGAGAUGGGAUCACGGGGGACUCAGUUGUGGUGGCCAUAGUGGAUGAUGGGCUAGAGAGGACUCAUCCUGACCUCACUGAUAACUAUGAUCCUGCCGCCAGCUAUGAUUAUGUGGACUAUGACCUUGACCCCAGUCCCAAAGGUGAAGACCACGGUACCUCUUGUGCUGGCAUUAUUGCUAUGGCAAGGGACAAUAGCCGCUGUGGAGUAGGUGUGGCUUACAACUGCAGCAUUGGAGGGGUGAGGAUCAAUGUGAGCUCUAUUAGUGAUGCUUUAGAAGCAAGUGCUCUAGGACACCACAACAGUUAUGUGGAUGUGUACAGUGCAAGUUGGGGUCCUCCUGAUGUUGGCUUCUGGGUGAGUGGACCUGGUCCUCUCACAACCAACACACUCAAAGCCUCAGUCCAUUAUGGGCGCUCUGGUAAAGGCUCUGUGUAUGUGUGGGCAUCAGGAAAUGGCGGAGCUUAUUAUGAUUCCUGUGCUGCUGAUGGAUAUGCUUCAAGUAUCUAUACAAUAGCUGUUGGCUCUGUCAACAGAGAUGGUACUCCAGCAAACUAUGAUGAGCAGUGUGCAGCUAAGAUGGCUGUCACCUUCAGCCACAGCAAGGACAACCAACAAGUGGUUUCCUCCAGUGGGAAUGGUGGUUGCACUGACAGCUUCACUGGUACAAGUGCUGCCACUCCAUUAGCCGCUGGAGUCAUCGCUCUCACACUCCAAGCAAAUCCUCAGCUAACAUGGAGGGAUAUACAGCACCUCCUUGCUCUCACGGCCAACACAACCUCUCUGACUGAUGGUGACUGGACUACCAAUGGUAGAGGCAUCAAUGUAUCACAUAAGUUUGGCUUUGGAGCUGUUGAUGCUGUUGCCAUGGUAACCAGUGCUCGUACAUGGACCAAUGUCCCUGAGCAGCUCUCACAGAUCAUCUACAGCUCAACCAGAACAAGAACUGCUCGUUAUAGUUCUCCCCUCUGCUUGACCUUUGAGGUGUUUCCUUCAUCCAUUGUAUACCUGGAGCAUGUUGUGCUGACCGUGAGCCUGAGUCUGCGUGAUGUAGGCAGAGUGUACAGUGUGACUGACCUCCCUCUAAUGAGCAACCACUCUUCACUCGUCUCCUGGCUGACACACUCUCAUCCACGGAGAGGAGAUAUAAAGCUAGACCUCACCUCUCCCUCUGGUACUCUGUCUCACCUGCUACCAUACAGACAAUAUGACUUUAUCAACCAACACGGCUACACCAAUUGGCCGUUCAUGUCUGUGCAACAUUGGGGGGAGAAUCCCAUUGGUCAAUGGAAUCUAUCUGUGACGUUCAAAUCCUCCUCUGGUUUCGUUUCUGUGAGGGGAGUGAGAUUAAAGCUAUAUGGUAUCCAAGAGACCUCCAUACCACCCCCCUCCACACAACACAUAUCAUCACACCUGCCCACACAACAUACAUGUACAUCAUCACACCCGCCCACACAACACACAUCAUCACACCCGCUCACACAACACACAUCAUCACACCCGCUCACACAACACACAUCAUCACACCCGCUCACACAACACACAUCAUCACACCCGCUCACACAACACACAUCCACCACUCCAACUAUACCCCCCCUCAAGUACAUCCUCCCUGGCUCUGUGGGGGGUAUGUGCAUACUGAUAGGUGUGCUAUUAUGUAUCAUCAUCUACUGCAGCUGCAAAAGGUCCACACCAUCUGCACACUGGGAUACUACAACAUUGCUGUAGCUAUUUAUACUGUGUUUUUUAAUGCAUCAAUUAUUUUAAUGUUAAUUUUUAUAAAUGUACAUGUAAUUUCCAUUAAUUUUACUGACCGCGGCUUAUAACCGA